AUGGCCCAAGACACCACAUAUCGCAUGAGCCUUUUCCUGACAAACUUAUUGAAUGCUAUCAGGGAAGUCAGCGCCAACGACCAACAACUUCAGAACGCGGAGCUAGUGGUUGUUGGGGAUCUGGCCGCAAAGCGAUUGGCACACGCAGAGAAUUCGUCUCCCACCGAGAGGGAAUUCGUCAUGAUGGUUGACACCCAGGCGAAUAUGCUCGCGUUGCGCCGGGCCCUCGCGAACAAGCCAAAGUUCAGCAGCGUGGAUGGGCAAUUGCAUGCCAAAAUCCAAGGUGGUCCCAUUCCGAUCGUCCUGAUACAUCUCGACCAACUCGAUCCCCGGCCAUUUGUGGGGAAUAUGGUGCGUCUACCGCAAAUCGACUCGGACCAACCGCCUUACAGCGACGCCGGUCUGACUCGAGACGAGAUGGAGGCCUUGGUGGCGAGAUAUCGUAGCCAAGGAAGGGGUGAUGGUGUCGAAGGUGGUUCCGUUCUUGUUGGUUUUGGGCUUGCGACCGUCCUGCUCUGGGCGUGCGUGAGUUGGCUUUGGAAAAUUGUCUUUGCUUGA